ACCGAGGCCUUGCCUCCGAGCCAGUGGCGUUGUGGUCCGGAAGAAAUGGAAGAAAAGGAGCGAUGUGACCGGUUCCGCCCCGUCUUCCUGCGUUGAGGCCCGGUUGGCUCGUACAAAGGAAAACACAGCAAGAAAACCGUGGGGGUUUUUCCCGAGGGGGGCGGGUGGGGCGGGUGGGGGAAGGGAACAAGGGCUUAGGUUUUUCUAUGGUUGUUUUUUUUUAAUUCUGCACUUUGACAUUAGUGGUGAAAAACACUAAUUCAAAAGUUAUUUUUCUAUCGAGAAGAGGUGGGUUGUUUUUCCUGUUGAUUCCAGUCCUUUCUCCCCGUGACAAAGCAUAAAUCAUGGGCACCGGAAACUAAGGUGGACCUCAGGAAUCCGAACAGACUCCGAAGCUCGCCCUCUUCCUCGGGAGGGGAGGGGUGUUUUCAGCCCCCUCCGGCGCCCGAGACGGAAACCAUGAGCUGCGUGCCAUGGCGGGGAGACAAGGCCAAGUCGGAGUCCCCGGAGCCGCCCCAGGCCGCGCCCCCCCGGAUCUACCACGAGAAGCAGCGCCGGGAGCUCUGCGCCCUGCACGCCCUCAACAACGUCUUCCAGGACGGCGGCGCGUUCAACCGGGAGACGCUGCAGGAGAUUUUCCAGAGGUUGUCUCCAAACACCAUGGUGACUCCCCACAAGAAGAGCAUGCUGGGAAAUGGGAACUACGAUGUGAACGUCAUUAUGGCAGCACUUCAGACCAAAGGCUAUGAAGCUGUUUGGUGGGAUAAGCGCAGGGAUGUCAGUGCCAUUGCUCUCACUAAUGUCAUGGGCUUCAUCAUGAAUCUGCCCUCCAGCCUGAGCUGGGGUCCACUGAAGUUGCCUCUCAAAAGGCAGCACUGGAUCUGUGUUCGAGAGGUGGGCGGUGCCUACUACAACCUUGACUCCAAGCUGAAGAUGCCCGAGUGGAUUGGAGGCGAGAGCGAGCUCAGGAAAUUUCUAAAACAUCAUUUGCGAGGAAAGAACUGUGAACUCCUGCUGGUGGUACCAGAAGAGGUGGAGGCCCAUCAGAGUUGGAGGGCUGAUAUGUAACAGUUCUGCCAAGCUUCCCUCACCUCGACCCCUAAAUCCUCCAUGAUGUGCUGUGCCCUAUACAUUGGGUCUGCCCUUGCCACUUCCCCAGACAUCUCAUCGGGUUUUUCCCUCAGAUUUGACAGUGUGCAAUAGGCCAGAGGUGUGAAAUGUUACAAGAACCAACCAACGUUACUCAUUCCUGGGAAAGGAAGGUAGGAACUCUGUGCUUAGGGCAAGCAAUGGAAGACCCUUGUUUUGUUUGAAGAGACAAGGAAAAAGGUGGGGGGGUGUCCCCUAGCUUAUUUUUCCCUUUCCUCUGAGGACUUGACAGAGGCUCUGCUGGAGUUCACUGCUGCUCUGACUUACCUGGAGAUGCUGCCUCCAUUUCCCCUUUCCUGGCAACUAGUGGGUCUGAAGACACAGGACAUGCAAAGCUCGUGUGACUGGUUUGAAGGACCCAGAGCAAAGGCCUCUCAGGAACCAUCUCGAAAACCCCAGCAGCACUACAUCAUGCCAUCUGCAACCCUCAAUGCCAUCCCUUAUCCUAUUUUUAAGGAUGGUUUAUGGCUAUUCUUGUUUUAUAAUGAAAAGUUCUCUACUAUUUCAGAGUGGCUGAAUCCUGCAGCAUUCUAGCAUGACAGGGUGAGCUAGAUACCUAAGAAGACAUGGCCGAAACCAGGCGGGCAUGGGCAACCUGUCUGCCUCAUCCAGCAGGGUCCCUGCCAUUUCAUUAAGUUAGGAGGCUCUGGGGCACAAGAUAAGCAAAAGGGCAGCUUUUCCUGUUGGCCCACUCUGACCAAAUCAGGAAAAAGUGAGCCUGCCUUCGACAUCAAAUUCCACUAGUUUAAAACAGUUGGGUGAGGAAAGUAUUGUGAAGAGAACAGCUAGAAUCGAAGUCCUAGGCUGGGAGUCACUACAGUGAGCAGAGUCCUCAAGUUAGGUGGUUAUGUGUAUGAUGUUAGAGGACUUGGGUCUGUCAUCUUUCUAUAGUUUUCUUUACAAAUCAACUAAGAAUUGAUCCACCCCUACCUCUAAAUAGUUGUAGGCCACUUUUCUCCUAACUUUGGAAAACAUGAGAGAAGGAGGGGAAGCACUGCUUGUCUCCAAAGUGGUUGUAUUGCCUCAAGGCAGACGGGCAGGCAGGGAUGGCCCGUCCAGGCCUUUCAGAUGAAUGGUCUUGGCAGGCCCGAGAGCUGCUCCACUAGCCAGACUUCUCUCCAGCAGCAAAGCCAGCCUGGGGCUUGCAUGUCAAACCUGAGCAAGUGAAACAGGAUGAAGCUGAGGCUCUCUCCUCCCCACUGUGACUGGAGUGCAUGUUUACACCAGCACUUUUUCUGCACAUUUAUCUUCAAUCCAACAAGGCCGUUUUUUAUGCUGAGUAACAGAGGCCACCAAGCGGCUACUGCGUUACACUGUCUGAGCAACUGACUGCAAUCUCUUGCACCAUUUUCUACAUCAGACAUGCUUGGCUCCACAGACAGCUCUCUAUCCCUGCACAAUGACAUUCCAGCCACCACCAGCCAGAAGUUCCAGCCAGCCUUGCUGAUUGUCAUAAGCAGGAGCUUGGGUCCAUUGGCAGUCAGUGAUAGUAAGCCAUUUCCUCAGAAGAGGAAACUCUCCAGUGUGCUCGGGCCUGUACAAGUGGCACUUCAAAGGCGUCCCCAUGUACUCGGAGUCCAUGAGCCAAUGGGAUAUGCAAAGACGCUUAAACAUUUCAGGGCUGGUUUCUCUGUUCAUAUCCAAUUCUGGUGCUUGGGAACAGGGACCCAUGCUGAUGCCUAAGGGCAAAAAGCCCUAUUUCCUUUAAGGAAGGGAGCAGGCCUGACCCUGAUGCCCAUAAAGGGUGACCCUAGGCUUUUUGUUUUUCUUGCUUUUAUCUUCCCCUACCCCCAUUUUUGUUGGCCUUGUGCUGGGUUUGUUUACAGAAGAUGUAUUUUGUUUAACCAAAUAUUAAAAGUGGAAAACUCCAUACAUAAA